AAGAAAGAAAAACCAAACACAAACACAAACACAAACACUCCAUUUACCAAACCAAACAGACGCAACAAUCUAAAAACACAAGAAUGUUCACAAUGACAAACACAUGCACAGGUACAUCACUCCGAUGGCAACAACAACCACACCUCCCACCCUUCAACCGCCGUCACCGGCAACCCGUGACAGUAUCUUUCAAGAACAACAACAAUAACAAUAAACCAAAUGAUAUGGAUAGGGUUUUGAAAGAAGCGUGGCAAAACGCAAACGAUGGUUUUGAGCGGUUUUUAUUUGAAGCUAAGAAAACCGCUGAAAGGAUUGACCGUCAGUAUUCCGUGUCUAAACGUUUUGCUUCUGUUGCUUCUGCUGCUGCUGAUAGAGCUCGUGAAAUUGAUCGUGAUUUUGAAAUUGGUGUUAAAUAUCGUAACUUUUCUUCCGAUUUUGCCCUUAACUGGCCUAGGUAUAGGAUGCAGAUUAGUAAAUUUUUGGAUAGCCCAGUUGGAAAAAGCUUUACGACAAUUUUUUUCAUCUGGUUUGCAUUCUCUGGCUGGCUUUUUCGGUUCCUGAUAAUCGCAACAUGGGUACUUCCAUUUGCUGGACCUCUUCUAAUUGGGACAUUGGCCAACAACUUAGUUAUUAAGGGCUCUUGUCCAAAUUGCAAGACGCAGUUUGCCGGUUACAAGAAUCAAGUAGUUCGAUGUACAAAAUGCGGCAACACUGUGUGGCAACCUAAAGGUAAAGGGGAUUUCUUCACAAGAGGCGGUAGAAAUAACUCAUCAUCGAAGUCAGACCCUAACAUCAUUGAUGUUGACUUCGAGGAGAAAUGAUGAUGACAUUAUCAAGUUACCGAUUCUCAUUCUGGAUCUGACUCUGCAAACAGAUGGAUAACAGUGCUCAUAUAUAUUCGUUUAUUAUCUCCGGGUUAUUCCUUGAUUGAAGUUUGUUCUUACAUUUGUUCUAUAUGAAGCGCAUAUAGUUUCGGUGUAGUUGUAAAUCUUUAUAAUAUGAUGAUAGCAUAGAUGGGAAAGAACAUGAAACAUGAAACAAAAGAAACAAUAAAAAAUGUUUGUUCAAAAUGCAUACAGUUUUGGAGCCAUAUAGGCAGGAUUCAUAAGUUUUGGAUAUUUACUGUAUUGAGAGGAUUUCAAAUUCUCCCCUAAAAAUAAUGGGAGGGUUUCAAAUUCUCAAGGAUUAGCAUUACUUAUUCCAAAUAAUUUAUACCUCUUAAAUGACAUGAUUUCCAUUUUGGGUAUUA